AUGGAUCUUCCACCAAUAUUCAAAGAUGGACGCCCCUCAUCUGGACACAGUUUCCUGCAGGGGGCCAGAGACAGAACAGAAGAGGAGAUUGUCACAGAUAAAGAACAUGGCUGUGAUUCUGAUGCAGUCAAAGUCCAAAAGAACUUCAAAUUAAAUCUGAAACAGAAGUUUGAGCGUCUGAAUGAGGUGAUAACAAACCAGGAAACCCCAACACCUCUCAGUGAGAUCUACACAGAGCUCUACAUCACAGAGGGAGAAAGUGGAGAGGUCAAUAAUGAACAUGAGGUCAGACAGAUCGAGGCAGCAUCCAGGAGAACAGUAACAGAGGACAAAAUAAUCAAAUGCAAUGACAUCUUUAAACCCUCAUCUGAACAAGACAAACCCAUCAGAACUGUGCUGACAAAGGGAGUCGCUGGCAUUGGAAAAACAGUCUCUGUGCAGAAGUUCAUUCUGGACUGGACUGAAGGGAAAGCAAAUCAGGAUGUCCACUUCAUAUUUCCACUUCCUUUCAGAGAACUGAACUUGAUGAAGGACCAAAAACUCAGUUUGGUGGAUCUUCUUCAUACACGGUUUAAGGAGAUUAAAGAAAUGGAAAUAUCCAGAUCUCACAAAGUUCUGUUCAUAUUUGAUGGUUUGGAUGAGUCUCGUUUCACUCUAGAUUUUCAAAGCACUGUAAGACUGGGUGAUGUCACUCAGUUAUCUUCGGUGGAGGUGCUGCUAACCAAUCUGAUCAAGGGGAAUCUGCUUCCCUCCGCUCUCGUCUGGAUCACCUCCCGACCUGCAGCAGCUGAUCAGAUCCCCUCUGAAUGUGUGGAUCGAGUGACAGAAGUCAGAGGGUUCAGUGACCCACAGAAGGAGGAGUACUUCAGGAAGAGAAUCAGUGACCAGAGCCUGACCAAAAGAAUCAUCAAACACCUGAAGACAUCAAGAAGCCUCUAUAUCAUGUGCCACAUCCCUGUGUUCUGCUGGAUUUCAGCCACUGUUCUAGAGAGAAUGCUGGGUGAAGCAGACAGUGGAGAGACCCCCAAAACUCUGACUCAAAUGUACACACACUUCCUCAUCAUUCAGACAAAGAUAAUGAGAGAAAAGUACACAAAGAACCAGGAGACAGAUGAAGAAAUCUUUCUCAGACUGGGACAACUGGCUUUUCAGCAGCUGAGGAAAGGAAACCUGAUCUUCUAUGAGGAAGAUCUGAGAGAGUGUGGCAUCGAUGUCAAAGAAGCAUCCGUGUACUCAGGUGUGUGUACACAGAUCUUCAGAGAGGAAUCUGGGCUGCACCAGACUAAAGUGUACUGCUUUGUUCAUCUCAGCAUUCAGGAACAUCUUGCAGCUCUAUAUGUGCACCUGACCUUCAUGACCCAGAAGAGAAAUGUGCUUAAUCAGAGUCUGUCCUCUGAACCGAGGGUCUUCAUGAGAAAAGAAAUUACAAUCUCUGAUGUACACAAGAGUGCUGUGGAUCAGGCCUUACAGAGUAAGAAUGGACAUCUGGAUCUUUUCCUUCGCUUUCUUCUGGGUCUCUCAUUGGAGUCCAAUCAGAAUCUCAUACAAGACUUAAUGAUACAGACAGGAAGUAGCUCCCACAGCAAUGAAGAAACAGUUCAUUACAUCAAGAAGAAGAUCAGUGAGAAUUCCUCUGCAGAGAAAUCCAUUAAUCUGUUCCACUGUCUGAAUGAACUGGAUGACCAUUCUCUAGUUGAAGAAGUUCAGCAGUACCUGAAGUCUGGCAGACUAAACCAAACAACACUAUCUUCUUCACAGUGGUCAGCUUUGGUCUUUGUACUUCUGACAUCACGAGAGAAUCUGGAUGAAUUUGUCCUCGAGAAAUAUAGCACAUCAGAUGAUGGUCUUCUGAAGCUGCUGCCUGUAGUUCAUGCAUCCAGAAAAGCUAAUCUUUUAAUGUGUCAUCUGACAAAGAAAAGCUGUGCAGCUCUGGCCUCAGUGCUCAGCUCAGAGUCCUCCCGUCUGAGAGAGCUGGAUCUGACUGAUAAUGAACUAAGAGAUUCAGGAGUGGAGCUGCUCUCUGUUGGACUGGAGAAUCCUCUAUGUAAACUGAAGAAACUGUGGUUGAUGGAUUGUAAAUUCAGAGGUGAGGGCUGUGUUUUUCUGGCUUCCGCUCUGAAAUCAAACCACUCACACCUGAGAGAGCUGGAUCUGUCCCAUAAUACUUUAGGAGAUUCAGGAGUGAAGCUCCUCUCUGCUGGACUGGAGAAUCCUCUCUGUAAACUGGAGACAUUGUGGUUGUGGGGUUGUAAUAUCACAGGUGAAGGCUGUGGUUUUCUGGCUUCAGCUCUGAAAUCAAACCCCACACACCUGAGAGAGCUGGAUCUGUCUCGAAAUAAUCUAGGAGAUUCAGGAGUGAAGCUGCUCUCUGCUGGACUGGAGAAUCCUCUCUGUGAACUGGAGAUAUUGUGGUUGCUGGAUUGUAAUAUCACUGAUGAAGGCUGUGCUGCUCUAACAGCAGCUCUGAAAUCAAACCCCUCACACCUGAGAGAGCUAAUUCUGUCUAGCAAUCACCAGAUAAUAACAGAACAUGAGCAGCUGUUUGACCUUCAGCGUGAUGAACAUUACAGACUACAAUAUCUGAGAGUGUGAUGAUGAUGAUCACCAAAGAGACAACAUCAUGAAGACACAAAGUGAUUCUGAAUGUGUGUGAGGAGCUCCAACAGCAGAGGGAAGAAUCUUCUACUCUGUCACACUCGGGUAACAGAUGGACCAUGUGAUACUUUGUCACAGGUCAUGAUGUUUUGUAUGUAGAAACCAGAAGAAAUGUUUUUGUUAAUCUGUGUUUGUACCAGAUGUCACGCCUACUGGCCGUUUCUCCAUCCAGAGAUCAGCUUCUCCGGAAUAUUGAGAGGCUGACUCCUCCUACACUCACACACCUGCCUUCAAUCUACUCAUCAGCAACUCUUUAUAAACUGGACUCUCAUUCUGCCUCUUUGUGAGGUAUUGCCACUCUCUGUGUCACUAUUGAGCCAUGUUUUGGUCUUUCCUGUUUUUUCUAUGAUUUUGCUCCAGGGACUUUAUUAAAAGACUCUCUGCAUUUGCAUCUAACCACCCUGUCUGAGUGUUACACCAGUCAAGAUCAAGGCUUCCUGUAUUUAUGGUUUUAUUUUUCUACUGUUUCCAUGAGAGCACAGUUAUAUGAAGUGAAGCUCAGUUUAAAUCAGAAGCAGUGACCGUGCUACAUGCAGUGUGGCUCCUGUGCUAAUCAGAGUGACCCUAUA